AUGAAUAUUAUCCUGGAACAUACUGAAGAUGGAGUUACUGUUCCUCACAGAACCUAUCCGAAAACACCUGCUGAGUUCUCGGAUGAGGAUAAUGAGUUGAUAAAUCUGGAUGUAACUCUACAGCUCAUUCUGAUCGAAUCAUUGGAUCCAGUAAUGUACAAUAAUGUUUUCAACUGUACAAGUGCUAAGCAGAUAUGGGACACUCUGCAAAUUAUCAAUGAAGGAUCGGAGGAAGUACGGGAAAACAAGAAGGAAAUUCUUGUGGCUCAAUACGAGCAAUUUGGUUCUAAUCCCGGAGAAGGGAUUUCUGAAGUAUUCAUCAGAUUCAACAAUUUGAUAAACAAUCUGAAUCUGAAUGGGAAAUACUACGACAACAAAGAGGUGAACCUGAAGUUUUUGCUGACACUCCCUGAGCAUCUGGAGCAUAGGAUAACCGCCAUCAGAGAAAGCAGAGAUUUGACAGAGAUCUCAUUGGAACAGCUGUAUGGGGUUCUGAAAACCUAUGAAUUGGAACAGGCUCAAACUAAACAGAGAUACGGAUGGGGAAAGACACUGAACACGUCUACGUCUGUCAGCAAUUCUACUGCCCUCAUAAUACAAUCACCUCUUGUGAAAGAAAGGAAGGUUGUUGUACCUUCAAGAAGCUCCCAGGAGUAUGUUGUGCCGGAAAUGGGACAUACUUCAGUAAGUAUGGGAGAUGAUGAAUUCUACUCUAUGGAAGAGUUGGAUCAGCUUGAGGACGAAUCUCUUGCUAUGUUUGCUAGGAAGUUUAGCAACAUGAGAUUCAGGAAGAAUCCCUCCUACAAGUUUAAAUCUUCUGGUAGUAAAUUCCAGAAAGGGGGAUCUUUGUCCACAACAUCAAAAGGGGCUUACAAGACUGGGAUGGUUGAUCGAAGCAAGUUUAAAUGUUUCAACUGUGAUGAGCCUGAUAGUGAUGAGGAGGAAGAGCGGGGGAAUGUUGCUCUAAUGGCUUUCAUGAAACCUUCUACACCUCCACAUCGCACUGGCGGAUUUCCGGUAGAUCCUACUUGCCAUAAACUUUUUAUGCAAUUAGGACUUGAACGUGAUGACGCUCGUAAUAAGCUCAAAGCUCUGACUCUUGAACACAAAGCUUUAAAGCAAGAAGUUCAUGAGUUAAAGUUAAAAGAAAAACUUGUUCUCACUCCUAAAAUUGAACAAUUAACUGGUGACUUGUUGACUCAGUCUAACAAAGUCAAAGUGUUAGAGUAUAGGGAGAACAAACUGAAUGAGCAACUAGCUGAAGAAAAGGAUCUAUUGUCAAAGCUGACAAAGGUCAAUUCUUUAAGUAUGCCGGGCCCAACCAAGUUUGGGUUCCGAAGAAAGUUUAAUUCGUUUGAUAUGUGCAGGGAGCCAAACAAGGUUGAAAAGGUUGUAUGGAUCCUUUAUAGUGGAUCUUCUAGACAUAUGACCGGUGAUAGAGCCCUGCUAUCAAAUGUGAUUGAGAGAGCUGGCCCGAUUGUCACCUUUGGAGAUAACAGCAAAGGUCGUACUACGGGAUAUGGCAAUUUACAUGCUGGAAAUGUUAUCAUCGAAAAAGUUUCUUUGGUUGAAGGACUCAAGCACAAUCUUUUGUGA